AUGAUAGAUUUGGAAAUUAUAUACUCUUUUAAUUGCCUUAUAUCCUUUCAACAAUAAGAUCAUUACUAACACUAAGCUAAGUUACAAUUCACUUCAACCAAAAUAAACCUUCUUUUGAAUUCUCAAUGCUAUGAAAUAGAUAUUUCUUAUUAAUUAGCACUUAAAUGGAAAUGUCAAGAGAACAAAUUGUUAUCUAUGCAUUUUUAAUAAUUUACUAUUUAUGCUGAAAAUGAAGAUCUCCUUAUUCUCAAGAAACAUUUAGAUUGUAAAGUAACAUAUGUGGGUAUUCGAGAAAUUUAUGAUAAUGUUAUUUUAAUAUAAUAAACAGGAAAUGCUAAAGUAAUUAAAGAAACUAUUAUUGUUAGACAUGCACACUUAAAAGCAAAAUAGAUGAUAAAAAUUACAUUUGUAAAUGCUAUAAAAAAUAAGAAUUUGAAAAGUGUAGAAUAUAUGAAUAAUUGAUGAUAUUACGUAAAUUGAAUGAAUUCAAGAAUGUAGCUCGAAUAAUAGAUUUCUUUGAAUCUUCGAAUUCUUAUUAUAUUAUUUUUGAAUAGAUGAACAGAAUUCAUUAUCAUAAUCUAAGUCAUGAAGAUAUUUAAUCAAUGAUGUUUGUAUAUUAAAUUAAAUAAUAGGAUAUUUUAUGUUGUGUAAAAGUGUUAAUUUCCAAUAAAAUUUACCAUUCAUAAAUAAAUUUAUGUAAUAUUUUAAUGGAUAAGGAUAUGAAUUGCAAACUUAUAGGUUUUGAAAAUGCAGAAUUGUUAAAUGAAGAGAAUGAUGUCUUGAAUUCUUUAAUGUUGACAAUGGCAGGUAAUGUGAUGAUUAAAUUGUAAGAAUAAUAUUAAAAAAUUAGAUAUCAAUAUAAUUCUUCGAAUAAGGAUUUAAUAUGUAUUCCUGAUUAUGGGAAUUCGCUUGUUUAAGGAUUAUUGUAAUCUAAAUAGGAUCAACAAAUAAAUAUAGAGUAAGCCUUAAGUCAUGAGUAUUUUGAUUAUUUUGAUAACAAUUCAAGUCCAAUGAUGCAAUAAUAGAUAAUACCAAAAUUGAAAUCAUUCAUUACAUAAUAAUCACUUUAAUCACCAAUAGAUAGUAACAUUUGA